AUGUCUCGAGAUCUCUCCCCGGCGCACUCCGGCUUGUCCUCCGGCGCCAAGAGUCCGGUCGCCGGUCCGUCAUUGGCCGCACCGCCAAUGCCGGCUCGGUCUCCGGGCUCUGUUGCCGACGACGCCGCGGUAGAGUCCGACGUCAAAUCAACCCUCACCACCGCCGGCAGCAUCAGCAAACGCCCCUUGAUCGGCAAACGCCACGCCAGCACCCGGUCUGACGCCUCCGGUCUUCUACCAUCAGAACCAGGAUCACACCCCGACGCCCCAUUAUCACCACCCUCCCCCGGCUCCGACUCGGAAGAAGACACCUACCCCGAAGGCGGUCUCCGCGCCUGGCUCGUCGUCUUCGGCAGCUGGCUCGCCCUCUUUGCCUCCCUCGGCCUGAUGAACGUCAUGGCCACAUUCGACACUUACCUCUCGGCGCGCCACCUCGUCGACCACGACAACGGCACCGUGGGCGGGAUUAUUUCUCUGUACACCAUCCUCAGCUUCACUCUGGGGAUAUACGUCGGUCCGGUAUUCGACAAACACGGCCCGCGGUGGCCGAUUGUCGGGGGGAGUGUUUGUCUUUUCGCGGCGUUGAUCGUGGUCAGCAUAUCGACCAACUACUGGCAUUUGCUGGUGGCGUUUGCGGUGUUCAGCGGUCUGGGGAGCGCCUUGCUCUUCACGCCGUCGAUCGCGGCGAUAGGGCAUUUCUUCAACGAGAGGAGGGGGUUAGCCACCGGGGUGGCGACUACGGCGGGGAGCGUGAGCGCGGUGGUGUUUCCGUAUGUUGUGCAGGAGUUGUUUGUCAUGGUUGGGUGGCCGUGGACGAUGAGAGCGUUGGCGUUGAUUUGUCUUGGGGUUGCGGUGGGGGCGAACUUCUUGAUCAGAUCGAGGUUACCGCCGGCGAAGCAUGCCAAGAUCACUCCCAGUGUGAGGGUUUUCCAGACCAAAGGGUUUGGGUUGACGCUGGGGGCGGUUUUUCUGAUGCAGUUUGCGGGGUUUGUGCCGCUGAGUUAUCUUUCGGGGUAUGUGCUUGCCAAGGGGUUCGGGCAGGAGUUUUCGUUUGAUGUUGUGACGGUGCUGAAUGCCAGUUCGGCGUUUGGGAGGGUGGCGGGUGGUUGGUUGGGGGAUUGGGUUGGGGUCUAUAAUGCGAAUGUGGUGUUUUCGGUGGUGGCUUCUAUCGCAUGUUUUGCGGUUUGGUUGCCUGUUGAGGAAGGAAAGGCCGGGAUGAUUGGGUUUGCGGUUUUGUUUGGGUUUACGUCUGGGAGUAAUGUUAGUUUGAUGCCGGUUACGGUAGGGAAACUGUGUGGGACGAGGGAGUAUGGGAGGUAUUAUGGGACGGUGUAUACUAUUGUUAGUCUUGGGGUUUUGGUUGCUAUUCCUAUUGCUGGGAAGUUGGUGUUGGGGAGUAAGGGCAGUUGGGAUGGGUUGAUUGUUUUGACGGGGGUGGCGUAUCUUGCUUCGGCGGUGGUGUUUGCGGUUGCGAAGAUGUCGAUUGUAGGGUGGAGAUCGAAGCCUUGGGUGAUUUUUUGA